CUCCUCUUCCUCCUCCUGGCAGCCCUCCCAGGGCUGCGGGCGGCCGUGCAGCUGGUCGAGUCCGGAGGGGGCCUCCAGCCACCCGGGGGGUCCCUCACCCUCCUCUGCAAGGCCUCCGGCUUCACCUUCAGCAGCUACGGCAUGGGUUGGGUGCGACAGGCGCCCGGGAAGGGGCUCGAGUUCGUCGCGAGUAUUAACAGUGGUGGUAGCAGCACAGGCUACGCGUCGGCGGUCAAAGGGCGCUUCACCAUCUCCAAGGACAACUCCCAGAGCACGCUCAAGCUGCAGAUGAACAGCCUCAGGGCCGACGACACGGCCACCUACUACUGCGCGAAAAGCGAUGGUAGUGGUUGGUGUGGUGGUACUAGUUAUGCUGGUGGCCCCGACCGUGGCACCACCCUCGCACCCAGCCCAGACCCCCCCAGCACCCCAAGAUUGGCUCCCCCGAGGCUGCUACCAGCCUGGAGGGAGGAAGAGGGGGACGUGGGUGGGGGUGUCUCCCCUUCUGCCCCCUGCCCAGGGCAGCUGGUCCAGUCCGGAGGGGGCCUCCAGCCACCCGGGGGGUCCCUCACCCUCCUCUGCAAGGCCUCCGGCUUCACCUUCAGCAGCAACGGCAUGCUCUGGGUGCGACAGGCGCCCGGGAAGGGGCUCGAAUACGUCGCGAGUAUUAAGAGCGAUGGUAGCAGCACAGGCUACGCGUCGGCGGUCAAAGGGCGCUUCACCAUCUCCAGGGACAACUCCCAGAGCACGCUCAAGCUGCAGAUGAACAGCCUCAGGGCCGACGACACGGCCACCUACUACUGCGCGAAAGAAGCUGCUGGUGAUGGUGGUUAUGGUUAUGCUGGUGGUUGUGGUGGUGGCCCCGACCGCGGCACCGUGUCCCCACAUCCCUGCGCUGGGUCCCCAAAUCUUCCCCAAACCCCUGAACCAGCCUGGACCCUGCACCCAGCCCACGUCCUUGACCCAACCCUCAACCGUUUGCCUCAAACCUUGACCUUUUGGCCUCAAACCUCGACCAUUGAACCCCAAAUCAUGACACUUUCCUCCAAACUUUGA